UAAGUGAGUUAGGUGGUGUGUGUAAUUGAGGUCCACACCUUAUUUUCGAAGACUCUUAGAAUAAUCCAUGAAAUGAGUUACUAUGAUUAUGAUCUACACGCUUUGUCUGUAUUAUCAAGAAGCAGCUCUACAUUUUCUUAUGUUCGAUUGAUGCACUAUUAUUGUAAUCAUGCUACGCCUAACAAGCUGCAACUUACAUAUGAAAAACUUGUAAUGAUUGAUUCCUUGUGUAGGCCGGAGAUAUGAAUGUCACAAAGAUGCUUCUGAUGGGGGAUGUUGAUGUCAAUGAAACCGACCCGGAAGGAAAGACAGCACUUCACUGCUGCCUCAGUAGUAGCUCAAGCACACAAGAGCCAAGGUGCUCUUCUUCAAAAUUCUGCUCCAUUAACAGCUAAACAGUAAGAUGGUUGUUCUCGCUAUUUCCAAGUGUCCUUAGUUGUCUUGUGUCUUUGUGCAGGACUGAGUGGCUCCUGCCGAAGAAUGGAGCCAGAGUUUUCCAGGGGAACAAACUAGGUCUCACACCAGUGCACAGCGAUGCAGCUAAGAUCAAUUACAAGGCUGUUCAGAGUUCAAGUGAGGAGGCCGGUUGGACGAACGAGAUGAGUAAAGACAACGACGUCCCCCGCACCGUCGUGGAGGACGACACCGGCCUUCUCCUCUGGGCAGGGGACAUCUCCAGGAAGUUGGCCUCUUCCUUGACCUACUCCGGACUGGCAGUAAUUUUUCUGCUACUUCUGCUACUGUCUUUCUCGCAAGCAUCUGCGACAUGUGACAGGGAAGGUGCUUGGAAAAUAGCAGUGAAUUGUCUCGACACCAGCCAACCGUCUUCACCAACGACUACCGGCGAGCUGCCGCCGCCUCCACCAGAAGCAGGUCUCGAGGCUCCACCUCCACCGGCAGCAAAUCUUGAGGUGCCACCGCCGCCGCCUCCAGCCGGGGCCGCCAUCCCCCCGCCUUCACCAGCGACUAUGGUCGAGUCGCCGGCGCCUCCAGCAGGAGCCGCCGUGGUGGUGCCAGCGCAUCCAGCCGGGACAGCGGCGGUGCUGCCGUCGCCUGAAGCCGGGGUUAUCGCGUCGGGGGACACCAAAGAGGACCGCAUCUACAAGUGGCUUUUCGUUGGUUUAUUGCUCGCCCUCCUAUUCUCUCUUCUGUUAGCACUGGUUAUUAUGAUAGGAGGGCCGUGCACAUUCCGGCUGCGCAUCUCUCUAAUAUGUUGUUUGUGCUCACUGGAACGAAGCUCCCCAAGCUCUGCUGUGCCUGUAAUCCCCGGGGACGUCGAGCAAUCGGGCCGCGAGCCGGGGCAGCGGCUGAACGGAGCGGUGCCGAGCUGGAAGAGCAGCUGCACGACAGACGCGUGAAUGGAGGGAGCUCAGCGCGAGGGAGCCUGUCCGAUGAGAUUAGCUUGCUAAAAAUGCUGUUAAUUCGGUUUAAUUUGUUUUUCCUUUUGAGAGAAUUCGGCUCAACUUGUUUGAGUUCAGUUUAAUUUCGUGAUGGAUUUUCCGUGGAGUAAAUUGUAGGAGUACAUCUCAUUCUGUAUUCA